AAUGUGAAACUGCAGUAUGAAUGGCCAAGAGCUGUUUUGAAAGUUCCAAGUUUGUAACGCUCUUGUCCACGUUGUAUAUGAGUGGUGCGGAGUGGAAGUCGAGUGUUUUUCCUUGCAAUAGGAUUGUUCAGGGCAGGUUUUCUCUUCAGUGAGCAUAGAGUGCAGAAAAUGAAAAAAAAAAAAAAAAAAAAAGAGGAGUGGAGCUGGAGCGGAGUGAUUACACAUAAUUUUGAACAGAACUUGACAACGUCUCCCUAUGAAGGUUUGAAAAGUGCAGUGUGAAGAUUCUUAAAAAAAAUUCUUCUUUCAUCUUUCAGAGCAAAUGGGUUUGAAACCACUUGAGGGGUGCGUGAGAUGAAAAAUUUCAGAGAGACCACCAGUGAGCAAAGCUCCAUUAACUCACUUGGAUCCAUGUACUGGCUGGGUCUGCUGCAUAUUAUAUAGAGGGCUUUGAAAUUCAACGUAAGUAUGGGUGGAGAGAAGCUGGUGGCUUGUCUGUUGGUCACUAUGUUAAGUUUGACACUAAUGAGGUCAGUUUAUGGUCAGCACAUGCCAGAAGAACCAUGCUCAGUCCAGAUCCUCGUCCCUGGACUCAAAGGUGAAGCAGGAGAGAAAGGAGAGAAAGGAGCACCUGGGAGACCUGGAAAAAUAGGACCACCUGGAGAGCCAGGUCUCCCCGGAGUCAAAGGCGAAAAAGGUAGUCCUGGGCGUUAUGGGAAGAUGGGUCCCUCUGGACUCAAAGGUUUAAAAGGUGAUAUGGGAGAUCCAGGACCCAAGGGCCCAGAUGGAGAGCCAGGCGUCCCCUGUGAGUGCACACCCUUACGGAAAAUGAUUGGUGAAAUAGAUAAUCAAGUGGCGCAAUUAACCAGUGAGCUGAAGUUCAUUAAAAAUGCACUGCCCUCCCCCGCAGCUGUCGCUGGCAUCAAAGAGACAGACAGCAAGGUCUAUCUGCUGGUGAAGGAGGAAAAACGCUACAGGGAUGCGGAGGUGUUUUGUCAGGGCCGAGGUGGACACCUGGCCAUGCCCAAGGAUGCGGCGGCUAACAGAGCCAUCGCUGGCUACGUCACUGAAGCCGGCCUCAGUAGAGUGUAUAUCGGCAUUAACGACCUGGAGCGAGAAGGCCACUUUGUGUAUGUGGAGCGUUCGCCCAUGACCACUUUCAGCAAGUGGAGGGAGGGCGAGCCAAACAACGCUUACGACAACGAGGACUGCGUCGAGAUGGUGUCUUCAGGCGAGUGGAUUGAUGUAGCUUGUCACCUCACCAUGUACUUUGUGUGUGAGUUUGACAAGGAUGCAGUAUGACUUCACUGAGCAUCUGUAGGGUGGAAAGCCAAAUACAAGUGUUUAAAAGGCUGAAAUUUCAAUGAAAAAGGUACAGCAUUUUACAUUUUAAGCAGUCACAGCAGUGUGACAUUUUAUGUAAAGCUGUUUAAAACAAAAUUAGUUAGGUUACACUUGAUUUCGAUGGUCCACUUUAGAUAUUCUACUAACUAUAAGUAACUUUGCAACUACAUGUCAACUAUCUCUCAUUAGAGUACUAGUAGACUGUUAGGUUAGGGUUAGGUGUUAGUGUUCGGGUUAGUAGAAUAAGUUGACAUGUAGUUGAUAGUCAAAAUACCAUCAAAAUAAAGUGUUAGCAGAAAUUAUGCAGAUAGUCUAAUGAGAGAUAACUGACAUGUAGUUGCAAAGAU